AAAAAAUAUGGCAAAGCAUUUGGUGUAUAUAAAUAUAACGCACCAGUGGUGACAAUCACCGACCCGGAGCUCAUCAAACGUGUUUGUGUUACCGAUUUUCGUUACUUCUAUAACCGCGGACGGGAUCCGGUUAUGUCAUAUUCAGAGCAUCCGGUUUUGUGUCAAAAUGUUGCCGUCAGUAGUGAUAAUACUUGGAAACAAACGAGAAAAAUAUAUAAAACGCUUAUGUCUUCAUCGCGAAUGAAACGGAUGUCUACGAAAGUAAUGGAUGACAUACAGGCGCUGAUGAAUGUAUUGGACAAACACGUAUCAAACGGUGGAACCGGUGGUCUCAGAAAACCAAUGAAAUCAUUUAUCAUGUAUUUGAUGAUCGAUUGUUUUCAAUCACAAGAUACCGGGUUUCCCAGCGAUAAACCACUAAACAAAUCGGUCGGUUAUGUUAUGGAAGCUAUCGAUGCGUCGCCAUUGUUGGCCAGAUUGAGAAUAUUGUUACCGAAAUUUUUGUUAAGAUUGUUUGGCAUAUCGUUUAUCACACCAAACGGUUUGGCCAAACGUUACAUCAAUGUUAUCGACGACCUCAUUGAGAGACGACUGGCCACCGACGCCGCCGCAGGUGUUGAACAACAAAACGACUUUUUACAAGACUUACUAUCAUUUAUGUCUGAAUCCAAAAAGACAGAGGAUAGACAACAAACAGUUCUAACACACGAUGAAGUGGUCGGCAAUCUAUACGGAGGACUAUUAGACGGCUUCAAUAUUAUGGUCGAAAUCAUUGAUCAGGCCAUCUAUGAACUGGCCCGCGACCAACAAUCACAGCGGCGACUGUACGACGAGUUGGCCAAACAAUACGCGCUGUCGAGUAGUAGCAGUAAUGUCGCGGCGACGGCAGCGGACAGUGACCAACAUAUCAUUACGUACGACAUGUCCGUCAAAGUCAAGUACUUGGAAGCGGUUAUCAAUGAAUCGUUGCGUUUGACGCCAAAUGACUUACGCGAAAGUCGUAUAGCGGCCGAAGAUUAUCGGUUGGCCGACACCGGUAUUACUGUUAGACGCGGCCAACAAAUUGAGUUUCCAAUGUAUCCGAUUCAUUUGAAUCCCGAUUAUUUCCCCGAACCCGACCGUUUCGAUCCCGAUAGAUUUAUGGGACAAAAUAGGGACAAAAUUAAACCAUACACAUUUUUACCGUUCGGUACCGGUCCGCGUGCCUGCGCUGGCCAACCGUUUGUCUGGCUUAUUGUCAAAUUGAUACUGGCCAAUUUGUUUUAUCGCUAUCAUAUUUACCUUAUAUAUAAUACAUCUCUGUUCCCGAAUCCGGGAGCUGUAGCAAAAAAAAUAUAUUAUUUAACUCGUAAUUUUGAUUACUGGUCUAAACUGGGUGUAAACGGUCCCAAACCGGUCAUCGGUUACGGAAACAUAUUGUUUCGGUUAUCCAAAAAUGUCAAUAAAAUUGAUUUUCAAUGGUCUAAAAAAUAUGGCAAAGCAUUUGGUGUAUAUAAAUAUAACGCACCAGUGGUGACAAUCACUGACCCGGAGCUCAUCAAACGUGUUUGUGUUACCGAUUUCCGUUACUUCAAUAACCGCGGACGGGAUCCGGUUAUGUCAUAUUCAGAGCACCCGGUUUUGUGUCAAAAUGUUGCCGUCAGUGACGAUAAUACUUGGAAACAAACGAGAAAAAUAUAUAAAACGCUUAUGUCUUCAUCGCGAAUGAAACGGAUGUCUACGAAAGUAACGGAUGACAUACAGGUGCUGAUGAAUGUAUUAGACAAACAGGUGUCAGACAGCGGUGGAACCAUAACUGAAACGUUUGGUGGUCUCAGAAAAACAAUGAAAUCAUUUAUCAUGUAUUUGAUGAUCGAUUGUUUUCAAUCACAAGAUACCGGGUUUCCCAGCGAUAAACCACUAAACAAAUCGGUCGGUUAUGUUAUGGAAGCUAUCGAUGCGUCGACAUUGUUGGCCAGAUUGAGAGUAUUGUUACCGAAAUUUUUGUUAAGAUUGUUUGGCAUAUCGUUUAUGAUACCAAACGGUUUGGCCAAUAGUUACGUCAAUAUUAUCGAUGAACUGAUUGGCAGACGACUGGCCGCCGAUGAGGCCGCAGGUGUUGAACAACAAAACGACUUUUUAGAAGACUUACUAUCAUUUAUGUCUGAAUUCAAAAAGACAGAGGAUAGACAACAAACAGUUCUAACACACGAUGAAGUGGUCGGCAAUCUAUACGGAGGACUACUAGACGGCUACAAUAUUAUGGUCGAAGUCAUUGGUCAGGCCAUCUAUGAACUGGCCCGCGACCAACAAUCACAGCGGCGACUGUACGACGAGUUGGCCAAACAAUACGCGCUGUCGAGUAGUAGCAGUAAUGUCGCGGCGGACAGUGACCAACAUAUCAUUACGUACGACAUGUCCGUCAAAGUCAAGUAUUUGGAGGCCGUUAUCAAUGAAUCGCUGCGUUUGACGCCAAAUGACUUACGCGAUAGUCGUAUUGCUGCCGAAGAUUAUCGGUUGGCCGACACCGGUAUUACUGUUAGACGCGGACAACUCAUUGAGUUUCCGAUGUCUCCGAUUCAUAUGAAUCCCGAUUAUUUCCCCGAACCCGACCGUUUCGAUCCCGAUAGAUUUAUGGGACAAAAUAGGGACAAAAUUAAACCGUACACAUUUUUACCGUUCGGAAAUUACAACAAAUUUGAGAAUUUUGCUAUAACACCGAUGAUUGACAUUAACGGCACGUUUUUGAAUCUGUUUGAAUGUGUCAGUCAUGAGGACAGUAGUCUAGACAUACAGGAGAUAAUGUUUACGGAAUCGUUGAACGUUGAGAUGACCUGUAAUGGUAUGAUUGUUGAACAAUACGAUGAUCUAGUGUUUGAUGCCCUACUGGGUGAAAUCUAUUAUCAUGAGGUGGGUGUCAUAACAUCGGGUCCCUGUGCCGGUACUCAACUCAAGGGUUGGGCUAUAUUUUUGCCCCAAACGCCGGGUCAGUGUGUGGACAAACCGAUGACCAGUUCGCGGCCAUUGUUCGAACGUUGGCAGCUUUCGGGCAAUUGUCAGACCAAAUGCAAUGGACAGUCGGCACUGGCCUAUCAACCGGGAAUCAAACCAUAA